AUGUACCGGUACCUGAUACGGGACCAGACCAGGGAACCGCCGGACGUGCUAACAACCUCUUCAACCUCCACCUCGUCCAGUUCGUCGAGCUCGUCGACUUCCUCAAGCUCAUCGAGCUCUACUACCACCCAGCCUCAACCGACAACCACUAGCGACGCCCCUACUACAUCAUCCGCUCCUGAAACUUCUACCAGCACGACCGAGGAUUCCACGACCUCCCCCGUCGUCACCUCGAUAAUCACGCAGUCACCUACCGACGGGACCACGGGACCACGCACUCUGACAAUCACGUCAACUGCCACCUCUCUCCCAACCCUCUCCACCGGGGACUCAGCGGGCAGUGCCUCGGCCACGGGCGCGUCAUCCGCUACAGCAUCGGCUACCAGUACGGCUGCAGGCGCAGCCGGGGGCUCUGGGCUUUCGGCUGGUGGCACAAUAGCUGUUGCUGUCGUUGUGCCCGUUGUUUCCGUUGCUCUGAUCAUUCUUGCCGCGUUGUACUUCUGGAGGAAAUGGAAGGCGAAGAAGGCGGCCGAAGAAGAACGACGGAAGGAGGUGGAGGAAUACGGAUUCAAUCCGAACAAUGAUCCGACGCUUCCUCCUGUUAUGGGCGGCAGUGCCUACGAGCCCAAGGACGAUACUUCUGGAUACAGAGGCUGGGGGACGACUUCUGCGGGUCGCAAGGCGUCGACAAAUCUUUCUAGCAGUGCCGGAGUUGGGCUCGCCAUGUCUGAAGCCGGAAGCGCGCCUGGUUACCACCAUGCCGCUACCCCGAGUGACGGCACUAUCCAAUACUCCGAAGGGCAGGCCGCUGCAGAGACUGAGCCAAUCGGGGUCCUAGGCGCAGCUCCGGUCGCAGCAGCCAAUACCCGCAAUGCGGACAUUCAUCGAGGCCCCUCGAACGCCUCGUCAGCGUAUUCUGCGGCAAACCGGUCAGAGGCCUCGGAAGAGAGUCAUAUGUCUGCAGCCCGUCACAACAGCGCCUUUUACGAUGACAACCCGUAUUACAAUGACAUGCAACCGCAAUAUGGGGCGUACGGUGAUGGUCCUUACAGCGGCAACCAACCCGUAAUCCGCGAUGUCCAGGCACGGCGCAAUACGCGAAUCGAGAACCCGGCUGUGUUCCCCCGGCAAGGAAACGCCGGUAUCGCCCAGAACUUCUAA